AUGAAAUGCUGCUUGGCAGCAUGUCAGUGGCACAGAGCUUCCUCAGCUGUUACACAAGACAAGGAGCAGCAUUUGGAGCAGCAUUUUCCUCCUGAAACCUGCAAGAUCAGAUGGGAGCAACAGUGCCAUAAAGAAAUGGGCUAGUUAUUUCCAGUUAGUGAGACCUGGGAGUAUUGUACACCAAAAGUGUUCAUAAAAAUCAGCACUAUGACUGAUGGGGACUAUGACUAUCUGAUCAAACUCCUGGCCCUGGGGGAUUCUGGGGUUGGGAAGACAACAUUUCUUUACAGAUACACAGACAACAAAUUCAACCCAAAAUUCAUCACAACAGUAGGAAUAGACUUUCGAGAAAAACGUGUGAUAUACAAUAGCAGAGGACCAAAUGGAUCUCCAGGAAAAACCUUUAAGGUUCAUCUACAGCUUUGGGACACCGCUGGGCAGGAAAGAUUUCGAAGUCUCACCACAGCAUUUUUCAGAGAUGCCAUGGGCUUUUUAUUAAUGUUUGAUCUCACCAGUCAACAGAGCUUCUUAAAUGUCAGAAACUGGAUGAGUCAACUGCAAGCCAAUGCGUAUUGUGAGAAUCCCGAUAUAGUAUUACUUGGUAACAAGGCUGACUUAUCAGAUCAGAGGGAAGUCAAUGAGAGACAAGCAAGAGACCUUGCAGAUAAAUAUGGCAUACCAUACUUUGAAACAAGUGCAGCUACUGGGCAAAAUGUGGAUAAAGCUGUGGAAAUGCUCCUGGACUUGAUAAUGAAGCGCAUGGAACAAUGUGUUGACAAGACACAAGUGUCUGACACAGCCAAUGGAGGAAGCUCGGGGAAGCUAGAUUCAACAAAGCCAGAGGAGAAAAAGUGUGCCUGCUAGACCUCACCUGUAAACUGUGAGAACCAAUAAGAAUAUUUGAUCUGAAAAUGGUUGCUUUACCACUAAAUUCAAACCUGGCCAUGCACAGAAACAAAGUUUGUCUUGUUUGGGUUUUUGCUUUUCUCCAGAGAACUAAGUUUUCAGAGAGGCUUCUGUGCUGGAACAAAUAUUCCUGAUAUGGCGCCAUGGAAGAUCUAAAAGAGCCCUCAUCUUUAUCUUACACAAUCAGGCUAGAAAAUGUAGGAGAGCUGUUCCCUCCUUCCUUGGAAGGAGAAAAAACUAUAUUGUUUCUAUGGGGUGGGGGAGAAAUAAUUAAAUUGGAUAUCGUGAUAAACUAAAAAGGGGGUACUUUGUAGGUCUCUGUCUUAAAUGAAUCUUGCUUCUUUAUACUACUUUGUAUUUACAUCAGAGACCAGGCAUUUGCUCAAGUGGAGAUAUGAGUAAAGAGAAUUUUAUGUGGUAUAUUAGGAAUGACCUUAAUACUUGCACAAGGCAAGCAAUGGUGUGACUGACUGGCUGAUAAGUUGGUGUGUGAGGAGAAAGGGGUGGAUGCUAUUUUUUAAAAUAAAACCAGGGAAACCUGCAACAUUUAUUUGUGUUGCUAGUAAAUAAUCAAGCAGGGUUUGGAGGAUGAGGGGAUAGGGAGAAGAUGCUCAAAUUCCAGCACUACAGGGAAAGUGGCAACACUUACUGUUUGAGGACAGCAAGAUGCAUUUUGUGGAGUGUCUUGCAGAUUUCACCAUAAGCAAAAGCAGUCUUUGCUAAUCAGAAAAAUUCUGUGUUCAACACCAGAAAACAGGCUGUGUGCAUCACGUAGGGCAUGCAAGGGGAAUUGUGAAAAUGGGGUCACUGUCUAAAAGAGUUGCAAAAAAUGUAUCGCACUUACUGAUUCUCUAAAAGGUUAUUCAGUUGACUGGGAACUCACCACCUGCCAUGAUUUUGUGAUGUUGCCAGUAUGCUUUGUUUUCAAAUGAGCACAACAUUCUCGUAUACAAAAUAAACUAGAAAGUGACACUCCUUGUAAAAUACUUCUAAGUGGAGAUUUGGAAUGCCAACAUAUUAAAUGUGAUCUAACACUAGAUAAAAUGUAUUGUGUAGAGUCUAUAGAAAUGGGGUGGUAUGGCAGGUAAUUAGAAGGCUGCCAGUUGCACUAAAAAGUAAAGCAGGAAGGUAAAAUGUGAGUAACUUUUUGUAUUGUCUUAGUAUCUCUGAGUAUGGAUGAGCGAAGGAAUGAGAAAGUUCUGUUACAACAAUGUCUCUCAUCACUGGCUUCUCAUUUAAAAGCAAAGAAUACAAGAAAAUAUUUAGGGUUUACUUCUAUUAAAUAGGUAAGGAUCUAACAACAUAUUCAAAGGACUCCAUGAAUUUGUACUUCCAGACUAAUUUUUAAAAAUCGCUCCAGGGAAAAAUCUUUCACAGAAGAGCUCUGCCAAAGAGCAAAACUAAAUUGGUUGGGUUGGGGGAGAUGGUGGAAGGGAGGCAGACUUCCUCCGCUUUAAACUUAAAGCAAAUGUGAGGUUUUCAGUUUGUUUUUGAAGCACUGUGAUUCUGAACCAAUUAAGCUUUCCAGGUGGCAGUCCACAAACUAUCUGAUUCAAUGCCUUUUUUUGAAAAAUAUUGAGGGUUUACCAGCUGCUUUGGUGACUGGGCAGCGCACUUCCUGCCCAUCCCUCCCAAUGAUAUUUACUGAAAGAUUUGGCAUGUAGACAGGGCAGAUGGUCUGACAAUAAGGGUAGCCAUUUUUGUAGGGUGAGUAACCAAAUAGCCCCUAUAAACAAAUUGGAGCGAGCAAAUCAGUUUGCUAAGUGUCUAAAUGAAGACAUACCCUAUGCAGCAAGUUCUGAAAUACCUGCUGCCUUUUUGUAACCCAUAAAAAGCUCAUGUUACGCAUCAACUCCAGUGGCUGCAAGACAGACACUGUUAUAAUUGGUAGCUAUUGCCUAGGCAAAGACUAUAAAUGUUGAAGUAGGCUGUUUAAAUUUCAAGUACGGUCCCACAAAAUAAAUUGAGUUAGUGGAGUUUCUCUUCCUUUAAAUACUAAACCGUACCAGAGCUUUGUUCAGUUAAGUCCUCCAAAGUCUGUGAUAACAGUAGGAAUGGUUGUAACCUGGGAUUUCCUGCCUCAUUAUUUUUAUUUUUUUUUUCCCUAAAUCCUCAGCCAGGUAGAAUCAGUACUUAAUUUACAGUGUUUGGUUUUGCCCAUUCAAACAGGGUGAGGCGGCUAGCCCUCUUGAAAACAUGACUUUUGCCCUCCUGUUAUCCAAAGCAGACUGCUCUACAGGAGAACUCUGUAAUCCUCCCCAUUAAACUCCAUUGCCUGACAACUCCCAAGGGAAAGUGUUCUGAGACAUUCCACUGCUUGAGGUUGAAAUGUGUAACAAUCACAACUUGAAGGGCUCCCUAGGCCAUGGGAGCUUGACCCCCCCCCCCCACCUCCACCACUGAUUCACCCCAGGUCACGCUGGAGGGUGACCCAUUGUGGGACCUCACAUGGCUGUUACCCAUUUGGGGCACACUCCACAGCUCCCCCCAUGAGGUCACAGCACAAUGCACCAUGACCCAGCUCCAAUUACCCUGCCCCACCUGGCAGGUCAGGAUGGGCUGAUCUCAAAGCCAGGGCAGAAACUUCCCAGCCUCUGUGCAAAGCUUCCAUCCAGGCAGCUCCUCCCCAUGCUCUGCACACAACUGCAGCAGGUGCCCCAGUUCUUCCAGCAGGGCCUACUGGUCCCUCCCCAGGAGCUUUAGAGUUUGUACUGCAGGUGAGUGGUCAGUUCAUUGGCAGGAAGCCAUGUCAUUGCAACACUUUGUUGGGGGGAUGACAGCAUUUCCUGCCAAUCCAGCACCCCCCCCCCCAUUUCAUUCCAGUCACUCAAACUUGGACUUGGCCCUGUCCUGCCUUCAUCGAAUGUUGAGCAGCAGCAGCAGGAGGCCCAGGCAGACCUUAGCCAGUGACAUUGCUUGCAUACUGUAGUUGAGACCGGUAGGCAGUUGAGUAUGGUAUAGUCUCUAUUGCCUUAAUGUACUAGCUCAUUGAAAAAGCUCUUAUCAAUUUUUAAUUAUCACAGUCUUGCUGCCAUCAUAAAUUAUUUUCAAAUAUUAAUGUGGAUGGGCUGGUAGCCACCAAACCACAGUGUGGAGGGAGAGGAAGAAAAGUAAAUCUAUACCUUACCCCUUAGAUACACUGGAAGAGUAGCAUUCAACUACUAUUAAAAAUAAACUACAAAGCCAUUAGUAGCUGAUUGGAGAACUCCCAGAUUCAUUUUUUUCCACAAGAAACUGGAUAACUUGCUUAUUUCUUAACAGUCUCCCCAGCUUGCUUCCAUUUCCCCACACCCUUCUUGUUCCUCCUAACUACUGUUUUUAGGGUCACAUUCUAGUGGAGAGAAGGCUGCUAUAUUUGUGUAAUAGCCUUUUGGGCCUGAUUCAAACUACUGAGCAGGUGCAAUCCCCAUUCACUUCAAUGGGUGAUUGAGAUGCUGAGAUUCUCAUUGGGCUCACUCCUUUGUGUCAGUGAAGAUGUCUCCAUUGCUGCAUGCACUGGAAGUGAGAAAGUUUCCAUGUUAGUGUCCUUUUACUGUAAGCUACCCUGAAAUGCUUAUCUUGAGAGCAGUGGGUCUUAAGCUCUUAAAGUGCCUGUAUCGAGUGGAACUCUAAUGUAGUGAAGUCUUACCCUACUGCCCCAGCUCCCUCCCUUAACCACUUCCUAUAAGAAAAGAGGGGACAUGGCUGCAGUUGCCAUUUUGAAGCCUUUUCAAUUUCACUAUCUGGAGGGUCACUAUGCACCAAUCCCACUAUGUAAUUUUUCCAUAACUGUUAACGUACUGAGUUGACAAUGCCGAGUGACAUAUGACUGGUUGUGACUCAUUGUUUGUGCACCAAUUAGUUUCCAAUCUCCACGUUGCAGCUGAGACAUUAAUAGAAUAGUUCAAUUUCUACACAGAUGUGGUGCUGAAGUAGAGAACUCAGUCCCUUGCCAUGACACUCCUAUUUACCAGUUCAAACUCUCAAGUGUUCAUUCUGAACUGCUACAGAGUGUAGCAGCUGCAAAACCUGUUUUUACACCAGUAUUCUUUGGAGCACUGCACUUGAGCAUAAUCCUUCCUUCAAAUACCCCUACGAUCACAUGGCUCUAAAAUGAAUUCACUUUUAUGUACCAUUUCCAUCAAGAAGUAACCACUCUCUCAUUUUCAAGUAAUCUAGACUCGGUAUUUCAAUUUUGCUAUUGCAUAAAUUAUGUGGUACACAGUUGGAUCAGAAGCUCAACAUCUGCUUUAUGUACAAACACAACCUAGCUGCAAGCCUUCUAACUAUCCCAAAGGCAUUGGAAUAACAACUCCUGCAGUUGUACAUGUGUAUACAUAAGUACUUAAUAUCAGUAUAAGCCUUCUGCUCCUGCUAACCUUUGUUUCUAAAUUUAAUUCACAUAUUGAUCCCUGUGUCCUGCUGGUUUCUCUGUCUUCUCCCCUAGAAAUGUGUGCCUCCCUCCUUAAUACCCUUUUUGUAACACUCUCUUCUAGGUAGUGCUCAUUUCUGAGUUUGCAGUAAUACAUGGUGCUAUGCGUGAGCCAACCCUGAGCAUGGUAAUUACUUAAUCAAGGAAUGACAUGCAGCAUCCAAGAUGACAAUACUGCCAAACCUAUGUAGAUCUGAUUUUCAAGGACUCUAAACCCAGCAACAAUGUGCUGAUUUCUUUCUUUCUUUGAUUUGAAUCAGGUAUGUCUUAGGGUCAUCGUCUCUCUUCAUAGGUAGCCUCCAGGCUCUGUACAAAUCAGAGGUCAUCAGAUUUUUGUCUCCUCUGUUUUCUUGUUCAUUUCCGUCCAUGCUCAAUUAACUUUUUGAUCUACUGUAGGGUCAGAAAUAAUUUCUUAACUCCAGGUAGUAGUCCAUUAUUUCUUCCCGAUCUACAAGUAUUUUGUCCUCCUAAUCUCAAGCAUGAAUGUAAAAAUGUGACACUACUUAAUACACUAAGUAUCCACAGCAUUGUAUGAAGACUUCUUGUAGAAUAGUCAAAAAACGAGAAUGUAUUUAUUAUACAUUAUAAAAAUCUUUAUUUCCUGUAACCUUCACCCCAGCCUUCAGUUUCAGCUGUUGAGGUGGAACAAUGGGUUAGAAAAAUACCAGUGCAGAUGGGUAAAUACACUUGUCUUAAAGUCAUCGUUUUAAGCUUCUGAAAUAGGUGGUGCUCUGCUGCAUGAAAACUGCCAUUUUGAGAGUCCGUAAAACUCAUGUAGGAAAUAUUUUAGACAAGCCUUCCUUCUCAGCCAUGCCCCAAAGCUGAAAAUCCUCUUAGCCAAAAUUACCCAUUUAAUCCUGGUUCUCAAUCUCCCCAUCCUUUAUUUGUUCUAAAUUAGUCUUAUUUUCUACCUCUAGCCUGAAUUUUAAGGGUCUUCCAAUGCAUCUGGAAAAACAAAGGAAGAUUGAUCUGGUGGCACUCGAAUCAAAAACUUCUUUGCAAAUAUAGAAACCUUUUCUGCAGUGAGUUUACACUGGUCAUGUUUUCAUUGCUCUAAAAUGAUGUCUCAGCUGCUUCUAUGACCAAAAGCUUCUUAAAUCCUUCAUUGUCACCUAUGUAAUCUGCAUGUUACAUCCUCUAUGGGUGACAUUGGGCUCCUGUACUGAGGACAAACAUGGACCAGUGCACCACUUAAAUCUCAAAGUUUAAGGGCAUAAGAAGGGUGCACAUAGUGCACAGGGUUUUCCAUAGUGACAUCUUCAUGUGGGUUGAGUCUGUCUCUAAGAUUACCCCUAGAUUAUAGACCUGGCAUAAAAUGUUCACCAGGUCUCCAACUCAGCCAAGUGGUUAAGAAUAUGCCAAAGUGCUUUGCUGAAUCAGGAGCGGGGGCACCUUUAUGGAGAGAAGUAGAACUGCCAGAGUAGAAUAACCAUAGUUCAGAUAAUCCUUAAAAAUGCAACUGUGUAGAAAAGACUUACUUUUUUUAAACUAUGUAAGCUUGUGAACAGGGUUGUUUUGAUUUUUCUUUAUUUACCAUCCAGUUAUUUGAAAAACUAUUAAAUCAGCACUGGGGAAAAUGUUAAGUGUUUUUCAUUAACUUGCCUCAAAGAUUGCUUGCAGCCUUAAGCAUAUGAUUUCUACUGAUAUAAUGUAGAGUAUACCACUCACCUGUUUGCCUGGUAACAGCACUACCUGUGCUGAACUGUUCCAGGAUUAGACUCCUACUCAAGGUGACAGCAAAAAAGUUUGAACUUAAAAUGCUCUUCUGCAUUUUGUAACUUACUUACUUUACAUCAUUAUGAAACCUAGUGUUAGCCUCCCCUUUUUCUGUAAAAUACAUCCAUCUGUCUAACUUUCUAUGCUAAUUCUCUUGUUCUAAUUUUGACUUUUUUUUUUCCCCAAAAUUAGAAUGUGAAACAAACAAAACCUUAAAAUGCACAGGGUGGAGAAUUUACUGCAAUUGCCACUGUCAAUUUAUGGAAGCCCCAAAUGCUAUCUUCCUUUGAGGACUAUGAAUCCCAUGUUUGCUCUUUAGAGCAUACCCUUUUAUGUUUAAAAAGAUACUGUUAUCUCUGAAAAUAUAUUGGGUCUCCAAAGAUACACUUGGGUUGCUAAUAGCCUGAACAUGUCUUUAACUAAAAUUUGCCUACAUAAAUAUCUAAAAUUCCUUGUGUAUGGUACCAUAGUCAUUGAAGGCAAGAAAGCACUUUUCUGGAGCUUGAAAUAGACUGUCUCUCUUUAAAAGAUGUGAAAGGGAAUGUAGAUAUUCCAUUUUUCUUGUGGUGGGUCACAGGUGCCUCUUCAACUGUUACUCUCAUUUCCACGUCUAUGUAGAUGAGACUGAUGAUGGAUAUGCUGUACCAAAAAUCCACAAAUAAAUCACUUGUCUCUCAACAUGUAGUUGAGAGACGCUGCCAUUAGCUAUACUGCUAAUUUUGUAAAAUCUGUUGCCUUAGAAAUAUUUUGUGAAGGCUAAAUCUUCAUUAAAACUUUGAAUAUGUAAAGAAUUAUCAAACACUUGUUUAGACUUUAGAUAACACUGGGCCAUAUGACUAACUAUAGAAAAGAGAUAUAAUAGAGAUAUUUUGAUACCUGCUUGACAGCAAAUAUUUCAAAACCUGUUUCACUCAAAGUGGAGAGUUCAUCUCCUAAAAUUAAUACUGUAAGGCUUACAAAUAGAUCCCCUGAUCAACAUCCAGCCUCUAGAGACAUAGAACCAAAAUAUCUAGUUAGAACUGUACUUCCAAUAGUAAUCAAACCUAGCUGUGAACUGUCUUAGACACUUAAAGAAUUCUACUUUUCUUUAAUGGAGCCACCUGUAACAGUGGCUGAAGGAUCCUGGUAAUUAGACAGGAAACAGAAAUUAGCAACUGCUACUCUAGUACAGGUACAAAACACUAUAUAGAGAUUUCAGGCCUCAUUCUGAUUUGCUCAAAACCGCAUUUUUACACUGGUGUAACUCCAAAGAUGUCCAUGCAAAUCAAGUAAGACCAGGCUUGCAAUAUCUUUUGGGGUGUAUUUUCAACAGGAAACUGUUUUCAUAACAUGUAAGCCAUCUGCUCUACACCCCUCCCAUCACUGCCGAUAGGACAAUUUUUGAACCAGAGACAAGGUAGUCAGCUGAGAACCAUCCCUCUGGCUGGUGGACAGAUCUGUUUUUUAGAUUUUUUUUCUUUUCUUUUUCUUUUAGGUCUAUAUUCUCUAGUUCAGGGAAAUACAGAUGGUAACUCUUCAUUGUGUGCUUUUUUUUGUAUGGUAAUUUAAAAAUGGAAAAUAUUCUUUAGAAAGCAUACCCUAAAGGGGUCAAGCCUCAUUGCUCAAUAGGGCUUUUAAUGUACAUACUGUAUACUCUGAUACCAGUUGUAUCUUACUGGACCUUAUUUAUGGAAGUUAAAUUGUUCUUUGAUCUUUUGUUAAAGGUAACCAGCCAACAAAUGCUAACAAUGUUUAUUGUUACCUUUAAAUGUUCCGUUAUGUCACCUUAAGCAUGUUUUAUGUUUGUCUUUGCAACAGAUCUGUAAACGUUAUGCCUAGUGAUAUGAAUGUGAUUUUAAACUCUUGAACAUAGUAUUUUUAUUAUAUAUGCCCCUUGAUAGACUGUGGUGCCUGCAUAUCACUGUUAACAUUAUUUUGUUGUACCAACUUACUGGUGGCUUCAAAAUAUAUUGUCCAAUGAUUCUCUGGUGUCUGGGUUUGUAUGAUAUGGUCAAGGAAUGUAAUCCUGUGAUUCAGUUUCUGCAUUGUUCUUUUCAAAAUAAAAACGCAUUUUAUA